GGGAGGAGGAAUGGGAGGUAUGGGCGGUGGUAUGGGUGGAGGUAUGGGUGGAAUGUCCAUGGGCGGAAUGGGAGGAGGAAUGGAAGGCAUGAAUGGAAUGGAGUCAAUGGGAGGAAUGGGAUUCAAAGGAAUGCAACUUGAAGGUCAAUCAAUGGGCGGAGCAUCCAGUGAGGCCGGCAAUAGUAUGAUGAACAUGUUCGGGAGCCCACAGUCUAAUGAAAUGGGACAAGAAAUGCAAGGGAUGAAAAGAGAAAAACUGAGCAGAGUACAUAAAAGUGCAUCAGAAAAGCCAGCCAAGAGAAAGGUUAUAAAGAAGCCUUCAAAACAAUAACUUCACUACCUAAAACAAACUCACAAAWACAUCUUAUCUUGUCAUCCUGGGGCUGAGAAGAUACAGCGAGCUACUUGAAGUCCACGGCUUAUUUUACCAUAAAACAAAACGAACUUGAAUAGAAAUUUUCGCUUCAGAGCGACGCAUGAAAUAUCCAGUCUUUAUUUGAAAUGAAACAAUUUUACUCGAGUGCACUAUUCCUCAAAUGAUAGGAGCUUUAUAUCGAGAUAUUGGAGUUACAACCAAACAACUUUCAGAAAUAUUAUUAUUUUAUCUUUAAAUAGAUAUUACAAAAAAAAGAAAAUUUAGAAAUACGACCAGCAACAUUGGUUUAAUGAACUUGAAACUGAUAAAUGACAAUAUAUAACAUGUAAUAAAUAAUAAAAUUAGAAAAGAGUUCCAAGAAUAUACAAAACCAUAAAUACACAAAACAACAACUUAUUCUUAAACAAACUUCAUGAUUUAAAUAAAUGAUAAAUAUUUGAAUAAAGUGACCAGUACCAAUUA